UUGCGCAGCGUAUUCAAUAUCAAUGGGUUCCGCGGCAACCAGGAGGCUGUGAUCAACGCGACACUGGAUAAUCGCGACGAGGUGGUGAUUAUGCCGACAGGCGGUGGCAAGUCGCUGUGCUACCAGCUGCCGGCGCUGAUGACGGAGGGGCUGACCUUGGUUGUAUCGCCGCUGAUUGCAUUGAUGGACGACCAAGUCAUGCAGCUCGGGGAGCUGGGGAUUGAUGCCGAGGCAUUCACGUCCGAGUCGCGCAAUGCAGUUGAAAUCAGGGCCAAGAUCAGAGCGUACAUUCCAAAGACUAGGCGGCAGCGGGGCGUGCCUAUGGACGGGAUUCUGACCGAUCCCGACGCACCGGUUCCCGACGGUCUGCGGCUGCUGUAUGUGGCGCCCGAGAAGAUCGUCUCUGGCAAGCAGCUGCUGGCGCAGCUCGAGAAGGUCUAUGCGGCAGGCAAGCUGUCGCGCAUUGUCAUUGACGAGUGCCACUGCGCGUCAGAGUACGGCAACGAUUUCCGGCCCGACUACCACAAGCUCGGCAUGCUGAAAUACAUGUUCCCGGAUGUGCCCCUGAUGGCACUCUCGGCGACUUGCCCGCCGCGGGUGCUGGACAGCGUGCGCAAGAUCCUGGGCAUUGAGGGCGGCCACAACCGGCCCAGCGCCAUUGUCUAUACGGCACCGCUAUGGCGGGCGAACCUGAGAUACAGCGUUGUGCGUAAAAAGGACAACCAGGCCAAGCAGAAGAUGCAGCUUCUGCAGUGGAUUGUCGAGCACCACGCAACCGACCGCGGAAUCGUGUACUGCGCGACUCGCAACGACGCAUACGAGAUCGCCGUGCUGCUGAACGACAACGAAACCAGACGGUUCUCCGCCGGGCUGUACUAUGGCGCGCUGGAGCGGGACAAGAAAGAGCAGCUGCACAACAUGUGGCGAGCCGGCACAAUGCAGGUUAUUGUGGCGACCAAUGCAUUCGGAAUGGGCAUAAACUCGCUGGACGUGCGGUUUGUCGCCCACUUUACGGCGCCAAAGACACUGGAGAACUACUACCAGGAGUCGGGCCGGGCGGGCAGGGACGGUGGGCCGGCGGACUGCGUUUUGUUUUACCGCUCGAUGGAUUCGGCCAAGCUUGCCGGCUGGGGAUUCGACGACCAGUCGGUGGAGGGAUUGCAAAAGGCCAGGGCCAUGGUCAGCUACGCCGAGUGCCGACACCGGUGCCGCAAGAGUGUCCUGCAGUCGUAUCUGCUUGAGGGCAAUGUUGGAGGGGAGGCUGGGGACAUUGGCGCAUGCGGUGUGUGCGAUUUCUGCCGCCAGAUGCCGCAGAUUGUAAAUGUGGACUGCACUAGCAGGGUCAUUUCACUAGUCAACCUGAUAGCUGCUGCUGGCGACGAGCGUCUGACAUUGGCAAAGCUGUUCAAGUACUGGCGUGGGUAUGCUCUGGACAAGGUCCCUGGCGUCGCCGAGCUGCGAGAGAAUAACCAGGCACAGCUGUUUCCGAUGCUUCCAGACGACUGCGGGUAUAUUAUCAGCAGGCUGGUCGACAUGGGCGUCUUGACAGAAAAGUUUAGCCACACGGCGUAUUCGACAAACGCAUAUCUCGACAUCUCCAGCGAGUACCGGCACAUGGUUGGGCGAAGAGUAGACCAAACCGGUGGGGUCGGGCCGUUCAGUUUCGAGUUUGUUGCGGGCAAGCUGCCACGGGAGUUUGGCGACAAGACCCGGGUGUCAAAUGACGAUGACGAGUAG